AUGAUGUAAGAAAACGAAGCCUUUGAAGAAGCGUUAUUUAGAAUAUUCUAAGAUGAUACAAAAAUAAACAAAAUCUUAUAAGAUUUAGAAGACCUUAGUGCCCUAAAUUCAGAAGAUAUCUCUGUAUAAAUUACAGAAAUUGGAGUAGGUUUAAAGAUAGAACUUAAAAUCUCUGCAGGAUGUUUGAAAUAGCACGGAAUAGAGUUUAAAAGAUUAAAAAACGAUAUAUUUGUAGAUCUAGUCCUAACUCCUGAUUAUCCCUAUGAUAACCCUAGGAUUUUCUUUUAAAAUACAUUCUGCUAUCCUUCAUUAGCUGAUGGAAGAAACUUCUUUAACUCAGUUAUGAGCCACAUAAAAUGGAACUCAUCCCUUAUGCUUACUCAAGUUCUAAAUGAAUUAAUUAAUUACAUUAAAAUAUUGAACAGGAGAAUUAAAGAUUAUGAAUUUUUAGUUAAAGAAGGAUAAUAUGAAAUAGGUGAAGAAUAUGAUAUGGAGUAUUUCUUAAAUCUUUCUACUUGUGAGUUAUUUGCUUCUUAGGAAAUCAUUUCAAAGAAAAAGCUAAAUUAAAAGAUUUUGAUGAUCACUUAAUUCAAGUUUUUGGAGUUUGAGCUCAUAAAAAACUCAAAUAAAACAGCUUAAUUAGUAAAAGUAGAAGAUAUCUCUGAUUUGAUUUCUUUUGGUUAUGCAUAAAAAUCUAAAGACAGGAGAAUUUUAUUGAAGUGGUAAAUCAAAGAUAAAAAAAAGACAAGAUAAGUUGAGUUCUUAAUAGACGAAGAAGAAAAGUUUUUAAAGCUAAUAGAAGAAAGAGUAGGUUAGGUAGAAAAAUUGAUGAUAGCCACUAAAAAAGUAAUAUCAGAAGAUGAAGUUACUCUCAAAAGCUAUGAAAAUAUGGACUUAGAUUAAAUAUUGCAAAAUAUUACAAUUAUUGAAUCAGAAUUAAGUGAAAAUAUUACACUUAGUGCUAUUGAUACGUUAAUGGUUCUAUAUUAAAAAGCAAUUGAAUUUUUGUCAGCAGUAGCAGACCCAAGUUAUAAGUUAUUCAUUUAGAAACUGUAAGAUUUACUAACAAGAGAAGAUGUUCAAAUCAUUUUAAAGUCAAAAGAAAAACCUUAAGCAAGCGAAACAAAACAAGAUAAAAAAGCCAGCUAAUUAAUUGCUAUUGAAGAUUUUGAUAGCAUUUUUGAAGAUCUGAGCUAGAGUCAUGUAUAGAAGAAUGAUGAAUAGGGAAAAGGAAGCGAAGAUGAAUAAAAGAAGAGAAAAAUGGAAGAAUUGAAGAAGGCUGAGCUUUUAAAAAAAUAUUUUUAGCACAGAAUAAAUCUUUAAAAUAGUGAAAGAUAUAUUCAUAUUUAAACUAGAUACUUUAGCAAGUAUGUAGAAAAGCUCUAUUAUGAUAAGACAGACAAGAAGAAAGUUAUUCAUAUUCAAUAUAAAAAUCAUAACCGCGUAGAUUUUGAUAAUGAAGUUCUCGUCAGACAACUUUUAAUUACUUAAAAAGAGAAUUUGAUUCCUGGUAUAUUGGAGAUUAAUAAAUCAUCUAAAGAAAUCAUUUUUACAACUGGGUUAUGCAAUCUUUCAUAACUUGCUGAAGUAUAUAAAAAUAAAGAAAUAGCCUGGUAGAAGCAAGAUAUAUUGUAUAUCUUAAAAACUUUGCUUUUAAAGCUUCAAGAGAUAAAUGAAAUGAAAAUUUUCUUGUCAGAUAUAAAGCCUGAAAAUAUAGUUACUUUCCCAAAAGAAAAUUACAGAGAUUAUGGCAUAGAGUUCAGCAUAAAUUAGUAAAAUUUGUGCGAUGGAUCAAACUAUCCGUUGACAUAUAGCAGAGCAUACACAGAGCCUGAAUUUUUAAAGCACCUUUUGAAUAAGGAACCUAUUGCUGAUCAUGAGAAAAUAUAAAAUGAACUCUACAUGAUCGGAAGAACAAUUUAAUACUUAAUUGAUUCAGACAAAGAAAAUUUUAAACAUGAAAAUGUUGAGAAAUUUGUCAGCAAUCUUUCUGAAGAAAAAUAUGGCACUACUCUAAAAAAAAUCUUGCAAAUGCUAUUAAUAGAAAAAGUGGUAAAUGACUUCGGUUAUAUAUUAAGUGAGUUAGAAAGAGGAGAAUAGAACAUAGAUAAUUUUUUAAAAGAUGAACAUGGAUUUAACUUAGUGAUACACGAAAAUAUAAUAAAGCAAGGCCUAUAAAAUAACCUCUUUUUGGAUAUACACUAAAAAGUACUUUUCGAGUAAAGAUAUUAGCUGAAUGAAAGAGUCAACUACAUGAUAGAUACUAUUGGAAGUGAUAAUUAUCCUCUGUAUCCUUUAUUAGCUCAUGAAAAAUAAGGCAGUUUGAAGGAAAUUUUAGAAAAUACAGAAAAUUUAAUUAAAGAAAAUUAAGAAUUCACGAAAGAAACCAAGCGUUUAUAUGAUUCAAUUAUUUAAAUUUUACAAACUCAAUAAAUAAAAGAAUCAGAAGACUCUUUCAAUUUCCCAGAAGCAAACAUAUUAUCAAAUUAAGAGUAAUAUUUGUUUAUUAACUUACUUUGCUUAAAAGGAAUAAUUUAUAAAUGGAAUGGGUAUAUUAAAUUAUUCAAGAAAAUUUAAGAAUAUGCUUUGGACACUUGCUAAAAGUUAAUUGGAUAAGAGCAUCCAAUUUAUGCUAACUGUUUGAUAAAUCUUGCGCAGGCUGAGUCUCUUAAUUCUCAUCCUGAAAAAGGAGUUUAAUAUCUUAUAUAGUCUUAUGUAAUCAGAAAAAAAUUACUUGGUAAUCACCCAAGUACAAUAUACACUUUAUUAUCUAUUGCUGAAACGUUAAGAAAGCAAGGGAGAUUUAAUUAAUCUUUAGAAAUACAUGAACGGGUUUAACAUGAUUUCAGUGAGUUAAGUGAAAAGGAAUAGAACUCGAUCUGCUUAGGAAAAUUACUUUUGAGUUAAGCUAAGACUUUAAUGUUGUCUAAAAAGAUUAACGAGUCAUAUUCAUUAAUCAGCUAAGCUGUUGAUAUUUUUAAAGAAACUUAUGGUGAAGAAUCAAUUUAGAUAAGUGAAGCGUAUGCAGAAACGGCUGAUUUAUUUACUUUAAAAUAAUAGUUGAAAGACGCUCAUCAAUUAAAUUUAUAGUGCAUUUAAAUUGUCAAAAAUUUAUAUGGCGAUAAUCAUCCACUUUUGGCUGAUUAUUAUGUUAAUAUAUCAUAUACAUUUAGGAAUGCUAAAAACUUUGAUGAAUCGAUGAAUUUCUUAAUUUAAGCUAUGGAAAUUAGAAAAAAGUUUUUUGGAGAUAAUCAUCCUAUUAUUGCUGAUACUUAUACAGAAUAAGCUAAUAGUCUAACUUACUCAAAUUAAUUAUAGCAAGCAGCAGAAUUGCAUAAAAUUGCUUUAAAAAUCCGCGAAGAACUAUAUGGAGUAGAAAAUAGCACUACAUUAUCUUCUUUAGAGGCAAUAGUUGUUUUACUCUUGGUACAGCAGAAAUUUGAAGAAGCAUCUGAGUACUAAGCUAAGGUGAUUGAUGGUUAUGAUUUAAUUUAUGGCCAUGAUUCAAUUUAGCUAGCUAAAUUUUUGGAAAAGGUGGCAUACUAGCAUGAAUAAUUAAAAAAUUACAGCGAAGCUCUGCCAUACUUGUAAAGAGUUAUUGAAAUUAGAUAAAAAAAUAUUGAUUUAGACUAAAAUCAUCAAUAUCUUCAGUCUUUACUCAAUAUCAGGUAUAUUAACUAAAAGUUACUUGAUUUUAAUUAAUUUGUUUUUCAAAUUUUUUAUCUCAAAUAAUAAAGCUUUAGUUUAGAUCAAUCAAAUUAGUACGAAGAAAGUUUAAAAUAUAAAAACGAGGCUUUAAAUAGAAUGAAAAUUGAGCUGGGAGAAAAGCACAAAAAAAUAACUUAAUAAUUGAUCAGUAUUGCGGAAACAUAAAUUAACUUAGAUCAAAGCCAAAAUGCUCUUAAUAGCUUAAAAGAGGCUCUCAUCUAGAUAUAGGAUAAAGGUCUAGAAGAGAAUGAGACAACCAAAUGUUUGAGGACUAUGGGAUAAAUUUUAAUUUCAUAAGGCCAAAAAGGAAAUACUGAAGUUGUGUUUGAGUAUUAUGAAAAAAUAUUAAGUGUUGUAAGAGAAAUACUAACUUAAUAAUCACCCUAUUACUAAUUUAUAGAAUCGAUUUGCUCAUAAACUGUCGAAUAACUAAUUUAGUGA